AUGCUCGGAGACGAAGUGAUGUUGUCGAUGGUUGAGCGACCUCGCUGCUCCUCUCUCUGCGGCUACACGUCGCUGAGCAUGCUCCCCUGCGGCCAGGCUGGCAGCCUCUUGCUGGUUUUCUUGCUGGGUUGGUCCACGUGCAUUCAGGGACAGCGACUGUACCGCUUGACCGAAGACCAUGUCGAGACAGACGCGCUGCUCAACCUUCCUGCAGAUGCGCUGAGGUAUCAACCCAACAGAACAAGCGCUGGAUGCGGUCUGAGGCUGGAGUCUAACGUGGGUGUGGAGAAGGGGUUCGUUGUGUCGGGCUGGCACGAGGGAGACUUCGUUGUUGAGCUGGCCUUCUGCGAUUACAGCAUUCUACAGCCACACGCUUAUCAGGCGAUCCUGGGCAUUGUCCUGGUCCAAGACAACACCGACAUCUCAUCUGUCAAGCCUGGGCUGUUCAUGAAGACGCACAGUGAUCUUGAUUACACGUGGGUUGAGCUCAACAACGGGACGUUGGUGAAGGGGAGCUCUCUGUCGCCGCGACUGCAGUCAGGCAUGCUGCGCGUGCAGAGGAGGAGAAACAUUCUCCGUGGGUUCUUGUGGCACCCUGGGGACUUGAAGUGGGCAGAGCUGACAUACAACAGUCAAGGGGUGAAGGAUUUCUACUUUCCUGGUCGAGUCAAAGUCGGAGUGAAGGUGCUGAGGAACUACGUCAGUGCCUACUCCGUCUCGCUCAGUGGGUUGUACAUACUGGCAGACGGCGACGGCGAUGGGUUGGGAGACGAGACUGAGCUGCUGGUCGGAUCCGACGAGUCUCAAGUCGAUACGGACCAGGACGCUGAGACUGACUGGAAUGACCUACAACCCAAGGUCAAGAACGACAGCGACAAGGCGUCCACCAUUGCCGCCAUUGACAACCCUACAAACUCCUUCAUCACGCUGAGUGGAGGUCUGAGCGAGAAGAUCGUUUGGAGGAACUCGUCCAUCAUCACUGCGUCUUGGCUUCCUCCUUCACGUCCCUGGUCGCUUGAGACGAUCUCUCCUCUAGAGAGCACGGUGAUUGUCAUCUCCGACCCUCCUCCCGUCAUCGUCGCUCCUGCUCUGUUGCGGGGCUUCAUCGUUGAGUCGGCAGGGGAGAAGCUUCAGGUGAGCUUGACAUCAGCUGCUGUAGACAGCUGCUCCGACGUCGAGCAGGUCUCUUGGAGGUUCGACCCUCCAGCCAACAUCUCUGUGGACCACAAGGAAGAUGCCGGGGAGGUAGUCUUGUCCUUCCCGUCCUCAGCAUGCGGAUCGUUCCCGAUCGCCGUCGAUGUCAACUCUAGCUUUCAGCACAGGUCGUUCUUGAUGCCCUUGACCUUGUUCCGUCGAUCUUCGUCGCUCCUCACCAACGGAGCCUUGGAAGCAAGAGCAUAG